AUGACUACGGCUACUCUCGGGAAUCGGUUGUGGAAGUGGUCAGCAAUAGCGGGGCUACUGGGCAUAAUCUUUACUACAUCUGGCUUGGUCUACUUCAGCCGACCCCCAAGCCUGCCCGACGUCCUCCACUGUGGUUCAACCCCAGAUGAAGCCCGUUCACUAGGCUGUGUGUAUAGCCUUGUAGAUGUUCGCUGGGUGCCCGCUCCUUGCUACGAUGCCGAAAUGGACAAUGAAUUCAUCAGUCACGGGUGGACACGCUGGUACGACAGAAACGCCACCCGAGAGAUGACCCUGGACAUUGCCAAGCAAGGAGAAACCGAAUACUGGGUAACAAUGGAGUACCACAUAGUACAUUGCCAGUACACAUUUAGGCAGCUACGCAGAAGGUAUUGGGACGCUGCUAGGCAGGUUAGAUAUAUCUCUUCUAGUAACUAUCUCACCGAAGACGAGCAUUUCUUCCAUUGCUUAGAAUAUAUGGACCCACGGAUCCCGCAAGAUCCUGAUCUCGUCAUUACACUUUCCGAAGUGGGCUUUGGUACAUGUCAGGUUCCACAACUCAAAGCUGACCGUUUGAUGUAG